AUGAUAGCUAUCUACAGCCACGUUGCCAUUUUCGACGGUCAAUAUAACACAUAUAUAUGGCCUUGUGUGGCGGUGUGGGCGCUGGAUCGGGUCAUGCGCAUCGGCCGCCUUGGAGUUUUGAACCUCUCCAAGCUUCAAGCCACUAUUAGAUAUAACAAAGACGCUGAUAGUAUCCACCUGACAGUUCCAGUUCACGGAAUCUCACGUCCUCGGGCCGGAUCAUACUAUUCUUUAUAUUCCGUCAAUGGACUAAAAUUUUGGGAAAGCCACCCAUUCACGUUGAUGUCGUGGAACGAGGUGGGGGCAAAACGAACAAAAGAUGCCGCUUUGAAACUCCGGUUUCUCGUCCGUCCGAACGAUGGUUUCACUGCUAGACUCCGCGACCAUGUAUCUCAAAAGACCUACACCCAUACUGAGAUUGGAACAUCGGAGGUAUCGAUCCGCAUUGCUGUAGAGGGGCCUUAUGGUCAUACCUUCAAUAUUUCCAACUAUCAAAACGUCCUCAUGAUAAUGGGAGGCACUGGAGUCACAGUGGCUUUGUCGUAUCUUUGUAUGAUCCGCGAUAUUGCCAUUGCCAACGAGAAGCCGGGUAUUUCAAUCCGCCGCGUUCAACUGGUUUGGGUAGUGCGUGAUAACCACAUGUUUGAAGAGGUGUACGAGAGUGAGUUGUUGCCACUAUGGACUCCGGAUAUAUUUCCAGGUGAAAUACAAUUUGAAAUCCACGUCUAUGUGGUUGAGAAUGGAAGUACCACACCGUCAAUCAAAGAUGACAGGGGUCUAAAAACGAAAACAUUCUCGAGCAAAUUUGCGAAAGAGGGCUACGCGGGCGAUACGGGCAAGAGUUGGACAAGGUCUCAUAUAGGCUCUAUGGGCGCUUCUAUAAGAUCCGAAGUAGGCUCUGCAUUAUAUCGAGAGCACUCAAAAAAAAUGAUUUGA